GAGAAAUUCAUUUUAGAUUUGGCCGUUUUUCGUGAAUUUUCGUUGCCAUGAUGAGGAGGCAAUCAGUUCCUCUCGUCGACGUUCUUCCCCGGCAGCAUUAUUCUCUUCGUCCGUCAGCCAUUGGCAUGCCGUUCCAAAUCUUCGGGCGCCGUUCACCAUCAACCAGCAGCUCGAGGUCCUGUCAUGGCGGUCCGCUGACCCCUUCCACCGAUCUUCCCCCUCUACUGAAGUGGCGGCGAGUCAGGGAAGCUGUCAUUUGUCUCCGACACGUUCGCAUUUAUUCCCACAUUGUACCGUACGAGAAUUAUUCAUCUGUCACUGCCUUUCCUUGCCGCAUUAUCUAUAUCAUCCACAGGGCCCGGUCCAUUGCUGAGCCAGGACGUUUGUGAUCUGCCCGGAUUUACAGCGAUGGCGAAGAAGAGAAUUGACAACAUCGCAAAGCACAAGCAGCAACCACGGGGGCCGCCGCCCAAACGCCGCACUGAUUUCUCAAUUUUCCUCUGCUCCUCCUUUGCUUCUGAAGCUUCUUCAGAUGCUUUCGCGGGAUCAUCGUCAUAUGCCAGAGAUGGAUUGUCCAAUGUUGCCACGACUGGGUUAAACAAAGUCUAUCACUUAAGAAAAGGACCAUCAGGAUCUACUCUCCUCCCGUGCAGCAACCAACCAGACAUGAGAACUCAACCUUCUGAUGGUCAUUUGACGGGAACUGAUCUAGUUGAUCUGGAUGAGCAUGCUGAAUCAGCCAGUAACUGGGAUUUGUCAGCAGGAACUCGGGAGCAUGAGGAUUUGCAGAUAUUGGAAUCACAGGCUACAACUAGCACUGGAGGAUGCAUGACACCAUGCUUAAACGGAAGGGAAGCUGACACUGCAGAUGGUUCUCAAGAUUCUUCGAAACAUGUCUCAAAUGAGAAGGACCGCGUAGGAUUUCGCAGGCAGUUAUUUAAGAGCCCUGAUAAGAAGAAUAUCUCAAAUCAGCAACAGCAGUCCUCGGGUAGAAUGACUUCAUCGAAUUCAACUGAAUUAGAAGACGAGUCAUCCGAGAGAGGGAGGGGCAAAAGGAAACGGAAGCCUAAGCUUCACUUCGACGAGGAGUCAAAUCUUCCCUUGAAAUCUGCGAGAAAGGUUCGGCGGUUCAGGAUAAUGCGGUACCUUGGCCUCAUGGCCCCGGUUGGCUCUCCUUUCUGAGUCAUGUUUACGGCAAAUUAUAACCGGAUGGGCCUCCUGCUAGAAAAAAGGGGGUUCUGCUAAACCAUCCAGCGGUGCUGAGGAGGGGGAUGCACGGUGCCCUUGGAGCUCCUUAGAAGCUCUCCAUUUUCGUUGGUUAUAUAUUAUAGGAUCCCUCGACAUUAGGAUCUUCGUUCUCAUCAACAAGGCAAUAAGUUACUUCUAAGUUUGAAUAGAUAGGAAUACAGUUUUGAUGCAUGAUAUGCUUACGGGGAAGAGGGAUAUUAUUGUUCGGUGUAUAGUAUACGUCCGGUAUUCGUCUCACUUUUUGUGAAAUUCUUCAGUUGUCUCA